AUGGCCAACCUCCGCCUCAACACGGUUAUGGUCAACCACCGCCGCAGCAAGGCUAUGGACAGUACCCGCCUCCGCAACAACAGCACCACCAGCAAUACCAGCAGCAGCAGGGUUACGGUCACCCUCCCCCCCCAACACCAGCAGUACCACCAACCGCAGCAUCAGCGACCCCAAGGCCCCCCGCCGCAGGGCUAUGAUGCGUACGGCUACCCCAUCGCCCACGGGCCGGGAUACGGAGGCUCCGGCCCAUCGCGCGCUGCCCCGCCCCCGCCGUCGGGCUCCCAGGAGUUCGGCCACGGAGCGCCGCAAGGUUACACUUUCCAGUACUCCAACUGCACGGGUCGCCGUCGGGCCCUGCUGAUCGGCAUCAAUUACUUUGGCCAGAACGGCGAGCUCCGCGGGUGCAUCAACGAUGUUAAGAACUUGUCGGCGUACCUGAUGGAGAACCACGGCUACAAGCGCGAGGACAUGGUGACUCUGACCGAUGAUGCCCAGAACCCGGUCAUGCAGCCGACCAAGGAGAAACAUCCUCCGCCGCCAUGGCGUGCACCAAGGGCGUGCUCAGGGAGCCCACCUUCGCCAAGGAGCCCGGCCCAGGCCCUUGCUGAGAGCCCGUCGGCGCGUACGCCCGCGGGCGACAUGGGCGGCGUCGCCAGCACGUUUUUGGGUUUUCCCAAAACCCCUUUCCGCGGAAACGACGCUUACGAGCAGACGAAGCGCAUUAAGACGUCGCCCGCGGACGUGAUCAUGUGGAGUGGCAGCAAGGACGAUCAGACAUCCGCCGACGCUACCAUCGCAUCGCAAGCCACCGGCGCCAUGUCGUGGGCUUUCAUCUCGGCGCUCAAGCAGAACCCACAGCAGAGCUACGUCCAGCUGCUCAACAGCAUCCGUGACGUGCUGGAGACCAAGUACACCCAGAAGCCGCAGCUGUCGUGCAGCCACCCGCUCGGGUAUUACGACUACGACUAA